AUGGAGGAUGCUCCUCAGAGCCUGCCAGAUGCCUUAUCUGAAGGCAGACGUAUCUACCUGGGCAACCUUCCUUACACCGCGAAACCAUACAAUAUCGAAAAAAUUCUUGCCAACAAUGGUUUUAGCCACUUGGAGACAAUCCACAUUUCCAUUGACCCCGUUAAUGCGCGAAACCCGGGCUACUGCUUUGUCGAUUUCACUGACCGCACGAUCGCUGAGCGUGCACUUACAUCCUUGAAAGCAGAAAUAAGUGGGCGACCGAUCAAGGUCGGUCCAUGCGAACCCAAAAAACAUCACGAUCGCCGCUUGAACCGCGAGAACGAUUAUGUUUUUAAGCGCUGGGGCGAUUGGACAUCACAACCUAGAGAUCGCGAGAAUACCACUGGCCGACUCAACAAGGAGGAUAUUGAGCAGGGUCCCUACGGGGCACUAGGUCACUUUGAUAAUAUGGUUGAGAAUUACGAGGGGCGAAGGCUCUAUGUCGGUGGAUUAGGAAAGAUGCUUAAUCAAGCCCAACACAAUAAAGAGAUCACUGAGCUUUUCGCUGGCUUCAACCCGACAGCGGUUGGCAAGCGGAUCACUCCACACGAGCAUACAAGAUCACUACCGGGGGAUCACCACUACUGCUUCGUUGAUUUCGAAACCAAAGAUGAUACGGACGCUGCGAUGAAAGUACUUAAAGGCAGGCUCUUUAAUGGAGGGAGGCUAAAGAUAGCACCCGCGAGGGACAUACCAAAAACGCUCAUGAAUCGUCGUACGAACCUAGGGUGCGGUCGCCGCGAGGACGAGAGUUAUUACUUGCGCCCGAACAAGUCUGAAUAUAUGGGAGAAUCUAAUCUAUCCAGCAACUGGCGCAGGAUGGAUAAAGAGUGA